AUGGCUCCGUCAAAUAACGAGUUUCGCGACAUUGCCGCUCAAGCUGAGCGUGACCUCAACAGCUAUCAGGCCAAGACUGGCCACGCUCGGUCCACUGGGCUUGACGAUGCCGGUGUUGACUCUAUGUCGGAGAAAAGGUUCCCUGGUUCAGAGGUGAAGUAUCACCCGGAUAUCAGCACCAACGCCGGCUACAAUCGCCGCAUCCCUCCCGAGGAGGGCGGUGAUUUAGAUGACCGCGGGCGUCAAACCCGUGGCUCGCACUUCGAAGGUAGCGGCGGUCCUGAACACAAACAGGCGGCGCUUCAACGAGACCAGGGAGGGAACAAUGAUAAUGAUGUGUUAAGCGAGGACGUACUAGGUCGGGACAAGAUUGCUGCUCCGGGCAAAGAACGCCGGGGCAACGGGACUUUGGAACAAGGAGUGGAUGCUUCGAAAGCCAAUGUUGGCCGUAACCCGCCCGGCGUCGGCGGUGCAAAAUACCGUGGGGAUGACUACUACCGCCCAGAGUCCGUGCCAGACAGUGUUGCUGCGGAGGGAUCUAUUCCCCCAGAGAGCGUAACCCAGUCUUCGAGGGAGACCGAAGGGUAUUACUAG